AACUUAUUGACUCAGGUACUGCAGGUACCUGAACGCCGUACACACCUGUCUCUCAUUAGGAGUACGUCACCUCCACCUCCAGCCUAGCAUCGACGCUAAAAGAAACACAACAUGCGCUCCUUUGACGGAAUUUCAAAGAAAAUGAACUCCUCAAUGUUUUCUUUCAUCUUAAUACUGCUGCAUCAUUUGAUUACGUUUGGACGAAGCGACGACGUUUCCUUCUCUAUAUGCUGGAUGGCCAAAGACAAUGUUCUGGAGAGGCAGAAUGGAAACAUAUGGCUGAAUGAAACAUCAGUCAAAUCCAUCGGCAGGGCGGGUAAAUUAACCUCCCUGACCCUGUCUCCAGCUGUGGAAACCAAGCUAACACUUAAGUAUGGAGACUCCGUUCAGGCGUGGACUUUCAGAAUCGCCCCUGGUACAUGGUUCACUAAAGUCAAAGGCAUGCAGCAACCACAGAACAAACCAACAAGUUUCACUAAGAGCACCCUGGAUAUGAUGAGUCCAGACGAGGUGUUUGCGUGUGAACUUGGUACAAUAUUCUUCCACCAGGAUGAACACUUCUUCCUCACUAUUGGUCACACAAGACGUCUCCCUGUCAGGCUGGAGUCCAGGACCACCUCCUCUCUGAUGGUGUCCUGGGUGGACAGCGGUGGAGCUGUCAGCAGUACUGUGACCCUGCACCACACUGAACUGGGUUCCUAUCAGACCCUCAGCACGGACACAUCCACCGACAGCAGCUACCACUUCACAGCUCUCCACUCGUGCAGCCUGUAUGUGGCCUGUGUGGACGUAGCAGGCUCUCAGACCUCCACCUGCCUCUCUACUUUUACAGACCCAGACUUUCCCAGAAACUUCAAGGUUUCAGCGUGGAACAGCCGCAGCAUAUCUUUGUCCUGGGACUUUCCCGAGAACCACAAGUUCUCCCUCUUCUUAGUCACCGCCUAUUUCCUCAACAGUGCCAACCACAUUGUAAAGAAGUUGCCCCUGUGGCACAAAGAGGACAACUUUGAGUUCACCCUGUCUGACCUGGAGCCCUGCAGCAGGGUGACGUUUGGCCUGCAGGCGGUUUGUCAGGCAGGGAUGGAGACCCGCUACAGCAAGAUGGUCCGAAAUGAUGGCAACUCUGGUCACUCUAACAUCCAGGUCUUGCGUCAGACAGCGUUCGACUCCGACAACUACACCCUGAGCUGGCAAGUGAGGAACAGCUCAUCCAUCUCCAUGUUCAGAGUUCACCACCAGGGGGCACUGCAGGGCACCACGCUCCUCACGGACUACACUGUGGGGGGGCUGCAACCAUGCCAACAUUACCAAGCCAAGGUGGAGGCGCUAUGUGGGGACAGCGUCAUCAUGAGCACCAAGACGAUCGAAACUCACACAGGACCUCACAGCGUGUCCGAGCUCAGGUAUCGCGCCAACGACUCCACUGUCCAUUGGACGUCCAUCACCAGGAGCCAGCGAGCGGUGACCUUCUUAUACGAGCUCUCUCUGGAGAACGGCCCCAUCAUCAAGAGCAGCAGAGUGAGCAACACAGAGCUCCAACUCCCGGGGCUGGAGGAGGGGAAGAACUACGUCCUGGAUGUGUGGGAGGAAUGUGACGGACUGUGGGAGUCUGAACACUCUGAGUUGUGUUUCGUGGGAACAAAUUCAUACACGGAGCUCCUGUUGAUGGCCGAUGAGUCUGCUCUGCAUCUAGAUCUGGAGAUGGACAUGUCUACGAUGGGUCUCACCAUGGUCCUGCCCUGGUCUUUGCAUGAGGAUCUGCAGGACGACGUGUCAGAACCAAAAGCUAAAAUGGGGGAGAUUGUCAAAGACAAGCUGCAGAAUCUUUUGAAGGACUUCCAUCUGCCGGCUCGCAUUGAGCUCGCCACCUUUGAACCUGCAGAUGAGCCAAACGAAACAGAGGUUCUGUUUAUGUCUUUCGAUGCAUCCAAAGCUGAUGAAGACGUGCCUCUGUCUGUAGACGAUCAGCUGGAUUUCAUUCAUUCUCUGAAUUCAACAAACUUCACUGUAGCAGACGGCGCCAUUUACUGGCAUGGUCCAGAUCUGUGUGCCUCCUCUAAGCACGCUUUAUGUCCCCCUAAAUCUCUGUGCAUCAACACUCUGGGCUCCUACAUGUGUGUGUGCCGACACGGCUACUACGACGUGAGCGCUUUGAUCAAACAUCGUGCAGUUUCAAGUCCACACUGCAAUGAGAAAGGUCUUUUCAGCCAGUGUCUGGAUAAACUGUUGAGUGGAGGAAUAGCCAAACCUUACCUGACGUCUCACCUGGGCGGGGCGGUGGACGUGAAGCUGAACGAUGGUCGCUGCUCCGUGGAGGAGAGCGAGAUGUUCUACUACUUCAGCACCUCACGGAAUUCCUCUGAAUGUGGAACGGAGAGGCAGGUGAACAAAACCCACAUCGAGUACCAGAACACUGUGGCUGUGUCCUUGAAUAAAGAGCACACCAUCAGCCGGAGGGAUCUCAAGGUCGUCUGGAAGUGUGUCUACCCCCGGCAUUAUGUCCGUAACGCACAUGUCGGAGUGGACAAGAAGUGGCUCUCCUCUCUCUCCCUGGUGGAGUUCAACUCUUCUCUGGAGCUGGGCCUGAACAUGAGCUUGUUCACUGACCUGACGUUCACCGACAGCUACAGGGACACCAUCAGCCUGGAUCCUGAGGACACGCUGUUCCUUCAGGUGGCCCUGCAGACGCACAACUCGUUCGCUUCAGACGUGCUGCUGCAGGUGGAAUCGUGCUGGGCCACUGAGAGCCCUAACCCACAGGACGACGUGCAGGGUCUACUUCUUCAUGAUGGCUGUCCCGUUGACCACAUGCUGCACUGGCUCUCUGUAAACGGCGCGGCCCAGCAGAGCAGGUUUUCUGUUCAGGUGUUCACCAUGCCCCAGCGGCUGCCGAUCUACAUUCACUGCCUGGCCAACAUAUGUGGACAUGAUGAGGACUGUGAAAAGAAGUGCACCGCGGAGCAGCGCAGGAAGAGGUCAGCGAGUCAGGUUGACAGAACGGGUAAGCGGGCUGCUGUCGUGUCUGCUGGACCUCUGCUGAUCAACAAGAAGCUGAAAACAGGAACCACACCAUCGUCCUGGGCGGAGCACAUGAUGGUCAUCUUCGUUGUGGCUGGAUCGAUAGGCUUUCUGGGAGUGACUGUACUCUCAGUGAGUGCGACCAAAGCCAUCAUGGCGUACUAUGAAAGACUACGACUACAAUAAAGUGUUCAUACAGCGUC